AUGAUAGGAGAGGGUCGCGAAGAGGCUGCUCGCCUUUAUGUGCCCCCGCUACUUGACGAUGUCGAGAACCCCAUCAAUCCCGACGCUUCCGAGGAUUUCCCGCCGCCGGAUGUCGAAGCAGGCAGCGCUCUACCUAUCUGGUUGCAGGAGUCGUCCAAAUCCUUUCACUGGAGAUGGGUGCCAUUACCGCUCAGAAAGGCAGGCCGCGCAACUGUGAAUUGGAUCAAGGGACCCGAUCCCCCACAUAUGCUGUUACUGAAGCCGCUGUUCCCGCGUCUUCAAGAACUCCCAGUACAGUACCUGGAACACUUUUUCCCCAAGAGAAAGCAGAAACUCGCGCUUUUACUGCUGCUAUACGCAUCCUGGUUCCUACCCUGGUCCUUGGUUCUUUUACACUCGCGCUCCUCAGGAUAUAUCGAAGGAUAUGGCCAGCUACAGACUCUCUCGUGUGCUACGAAUUUCUGGGCAAUCGACAAUGGAUGUGGUCUCAAUGGAAAUGAUUGCCGUCCCUUCUCUGUCUCGACUGUGGCAUUCCGGUGUCCCGCAAACUGCCGUGAUACUAAGCUGCUGGAGCCACAUGUCGUGGGGAACCAAACCUUCAACUACCAAGGCCUCGUUAUUGGCGGCGCACUGCCCGGCUCUGGCGAUCGUGCCAUCUAUCGCGCCGACAGUUUCGUCUGCCAAGCCGCUAUUCACGCUGGAGUCAUUUCGAACGAUGGUGGCUGUGGUGUCGUGAAGCUCGAAGGCGCAGCGCACUCCUUUCCGUCUGUGAAACAGAAUGGAAUUCUAUCAGAGGCCUUCCCAUCAACAUUCCCCAAGUCUUUCAGCUUUCCCGAACUAUCCCCAUCCCAGUCAAACUGCCCGGCUGAUCCGCGCUGGUCGCUUCUCGGAGUAACUGCGGCGGCGGUCGGACUCCUGUGGCUCUUUUGUACUUCGCCGGCUGUCCUUUUCUUCAGUACAUUUUUCAUGGUCUUUUGCCAUACAGGUCUGGUUGCUGAUCCGCCAUCGUAUCCAUACCUGUCCGACCUUGUUUCUACGCUGCUGUCUCGAAUGUUGCCUGCAUCGUUUGUGAUUUACGUUUUAUACAAAUUUUGUGCAGCUCCACUUCUCCAGCCGAUCAGGUCACCCAUCUAUCAACUGGAGAAGCUCCUUUUGUUCCCCCCGAUGCUUUUCAUUGGAGCCUUGAACAACUAUACAUUUGCGCGAUUGAUACCCCUUCAGCGUUUGACGCCAAUGGAUAUUCAGCAACAACCCGGUGCAAAAUUGGCCCUUGCUUUGGUCAUUCCAACUGUGCUUACUAUCGUUCUUAGCCAAGCAUGGCAGAUUCGGCAGGGUGGUUUGCUUCCACGCUACCUCAAGAUCUACUGCACCAUGGGACUGAUCAUCUUGAUUCUGCUCCCGCUGCCUGGUCUCCGGCUUCGAAUCCAUCAUUAUAUCCUCGCCAUUCUGCUCAUGCCGGGUACCGCCUUCCCCACACGCCCCUCGCUGGCUUACCAAGGGUUGCUCCUUGGUCUCUUCAUCAACGGCGUUGCUCGCUGGGGAUUUGCCUCCAUCAUCGAGACUCCCGCUGCUUUAGGGGAAUUGGCCCCGGGGCGUGGAUCUCACGGGUGGUGGGGUGCCACAUAUCCCAACGUCACGGCUUCGUCCGUUCAGAUCGCGUUACCCGAGCCAGGAUCUAAAUUCACGCACCGCGGCAAUGGUAACAUCACAUUUGCUCUGUGGGAACACGAGCGAAUGACUGACCUUGCCGUGGACGGAGUUUCGGUACUGCUGAAUGACGUGGAACGCUGGCGUGGUUAUCUUGAUGAGAAUCAAGCAGGCGAAUUCACCUGGAGCCGCCAUGGGCAUGACGGGCUGGAGCUGAGCAAGAUGCCUGUUCUGGAGCCUCGUGAGGUCGACAGUCGUGAGUUUGAGGUACAGUCUCUCUUGCAGGUCGGUCAUGAUUCGGAUGAAGACGAUGAGCCCGAGGCACUCUUUUUCCGCUUUGCUUUCUUGCGCGGCGCUGAGGCUGGCAUGUACGGCCCCGCUGGUGUUUGGAAUAGCGACGGGGCAUGGGUUCCACCGCCUUCUCCUAAACAAUAG